CUGCUCGUCUAUGGUUUUUCUGCCCCAUUCUAUGUUUUUCUGGCUGUUCAUCUUACCGGAUUAGUUUUCACAUAUUUUCGAGUAAAGGAUCAUGAAAAUUUUGUAAGCAAGACCAAUAAUGAUCCGGGAUCAUCAGAAAACAAAUUAUCCAAGCGGCUCAUGCGAGUAUUUGAUAUCCAAGGAUUAGUGGAUGUUUGGCAUAUGUUGCGGCAAAAUCGGCCAAACCGAGGACGACUGCUGAUUAUUGUCACGCUUGUCGGAUACAGUGCCGCAACAAUGUGCCUUGAUACGGAAGGCACAAUUCUUCAACUAUUUGUGACCUUUCCACCGUUGAGCUGGAGCGUGCAGCAGUAUGGGAAUUUCCAAACAAUUCAGGGCAUCGUGAUGUGCAUAAUUUUAACCGCAGCCAUCCCGGUACUGAAGCACGUUGUUAAGUUCAAAGAGACAACAAUCGGGAUUAUCGCAUCGGUGUCCGCUGCUGGCUGCGCCCUCUGUUACUCCCAGGCGGUGUACAGUUGGAUAAUGUUUCUGGCUCUGGGUGUCGGCGUUUUUCGCCCCUUAAUGACAAUUUACCUCCAGUCCGCUCUGCUGGGAUUGGUCACUCAGUCAGAAACCGGCAAGAUGGGCUCACUGGUUGGAAUAAUUCAAGCCGUUUGUCUAGUGUUGAGUUCCGGUGCAUUUGUCAAAGUUUUCGGGGCGACGGCUGCUUGGUGGCCAGGUUUUAUUUUUGCCAUCCAGUCCGUCGUGUUGCUGCUGCCGUUAGGCGCCUUCUGUUCCACAGCCUAUGUAUACAGACGCAAAACCGCUAGGAGAGCGUCGGACAAAGAAGCAAUUCUGGACGAUAAUGAAAUUGAUGUUUGAUGGCCUUCUGAAAAAGAACAAGCCUGAAUAGUAAAAGGGGACGGGGAGCAGUAACAACCGAAGGUCGAAUGCGAAUGAAACAGAAUUGCGAGUGCAGUAGGCUAGUAGCUGUUCGAUAUAGCGCAAUAUUACUGUAAUAUGUGUUUUGUUCUUGCUGCACUCCUGCGUUUCCUGGAUCACAUCCUUGACGCGGAAAGCGAUAAGGAAGUAUGUUUUGUGUCUGGAUACAGCGUGUAAAAAUCAAAUUUUAUGCUUCUUUAAUUCAGUUGUUAUGUUUAUGCCUUUAUGGUGUGCAAAUAAUAAAGGUAAUGAGAUAUCCAUUAUGAUAUGGUCAGUCCCGUAAGGCUAUUCAUCUUCACCAUCUACCACUGUAAAUAACAAAAGUUUGCGACUGGCUACAACUUAUUCAGUAUAGUCGUGAAACACCUUGGAAAUGCUAAAAGAAAAAAAUGAAAAUCACUUU